GAACGAAAUGAGCUGCCCCAGAGCCGCUACAAAAUGCUGGAUGGACACCUUCUCCUGGGAUGGUUAUCAUUUACCAUUAUAGUGCUUCUGAUCAGCUUGCCUGGACCGUGCACGGCUUACUUCGGGCUAACAGGUAAUGAACCCCUGUCCAUUUUGCCACUGAGCUCACAGCCAGACGAAAGGGCGGGCAAGGCGCACUACAAGCUGUGUGAUCGACUCAAACUGGAGAAGAAACAGCGCAGAAUGUGCAGACGGGACCCUGGCGUGGCUGAGACUCUAAUGGAGGCCAUCAGCAUGAGUGCCUUAGAGUGCCAGUAUCAGUUCCGCUUUGAGAGAUGGAACUGCACCUUGGAGGGCCGCUACAGGGCUAACAUUUUAAAGAGGGGCUUCAAGGAGACGGCAUUCCUCUAUGCCAUCUCUUCAGCAGGCCUGACCCACGCCAUGGCCAAAGCCUGCAGCGCUGGCCGCAUGGAGCGCUGCACCUGUGACGAGGCUCCUGACCUGGAGAACCGCAAGGCUUGGCAGUGGGGAGGCUGUGGAGACAACCUCAAGUACAGCAACAAAUUUGUCAAAGACUUCCUGGGUAAGAGGUCCAACAAGGAUCUCCGCGCCCGGAUAGAUAUGCACAACAGCAAUGUAGGAAUGAAGGUGAUCAAGGCGGGGGUGGAGACCACCUGUAAGUGUCACGGAGUUUCGGGAUCGUGUACCGUGCAAACAUGCUGGAGGCAGCUGGCACCCUUCCACGAAAUCGGCAAACAGCUCAAGCAGCGUUACGAGACUUCAAUCAAAUUGGCCAGCCCCUCCAAUGAGGCGACUGGGGAGGGGGAGAUCUCCCAGACCAGAUCCCAGGGGCAGCAGCCCUCUCCAGGCCCUCGAACGGAACUCAUUCCCCGCACCUCUGACCUUCUUCAUAUCGAGGACUCGCCGAGCUUUUGCAGGCCUAGCAAGUAUUCGGCAGGCACCAUGGCCCGCAAAUGCUACAAGGAUAAGAACUGUGAGGCCAUCUGCUGCGGCAGGGGCCACAACACUCAGAGCCGGGUGGUGACGAGACCGUGUCAGUGCCAGGUGCGCUGGUGCUGCUAUGUUGAAUGCAAACAGUGCACACAAAGAGAAGAGGUUUACACCUGUAAGGGGUAAAACCGUCACGACCAUGCAGAAUAACUCUCACCAGUCUGAAUGAGUGGAAGGCAAAAAGAGAGAAGUGACAAGUUGUCCUGGUCUCAAAGACAUCAAGCUAGUUGAAAGCACUUUUUUGAGAGGUUUUGCAGGGCAUUUUUUCUGUUUUCCAUGUGGAGCAGCGUGAAAGCUGUAUAAUAUACCAAGCCUAAGGGAAUGGUCUACAGCUUUGAGAGACACCUUGGAACUAGAUUAAACAUUUCACGGUGUAAUUCGUCUGCCAAGAUAUCAAUCAGCAGUGAAGUCCUGUCUUGGACAGACAAUUGUUUGUCCAGUGAUUUGACAGUCUCUGAAUAAUAGCUUCAAGCCGUACGUGUGAGAGUAUGUGUUCGUAUGUGACUUAAUUCCAACUUGGAGACGGAAUUUGCAAUGAAAAAAUGGUGGCGUCAGAUUUAUUCUACAUGCACAUGUAUCCUACACCCACACAAGAGUGUGUAUGCAUAUGUACAUAGAUAAAAUUACAUUAUAAUUCUAUUAUAUACACCACUUAUCUGAGUAUGUUAAAUAACCACUAACCACACAAAUGUUUUAUUGUUUGUGUGCUUGCAUUCACUUUGUGUUGUAAUUCUCUUCGACAAGGCCCUUAGGAAAGCAAUACUUUUUUUGAUUUGUGUUCUUCUGUGGAUAUAAUUUAUGGAACAUCUCAAGGAACAGUCCUUGCAUGGAAGGAAAAUGCGCUUUUCCUUCCUUUUUGUUUUUUUAAAUUUUGUUUUCUUUUUGCUUGACAGAGGAAAUCUUUGCCAGUCUAUUUAAGAUUUAACUCGUCCUUAAACCAACUCUACAAAUGACUGUUCAGGGAACAUGUGAAACCACUAUGUGCCGUUGGAUGGUAAAAAAAUCUCAGAGAUAUCGCAAGGAGCGUUAGUCUCCAUGAUUUAGGCUUCCACUUGACGACAGAUCUGUCCAUCCAGCUGCUGAUUCAUUGCUGUAAUCGUUGC